CCCUACCCCGUCGACUCUCCCCCAAACCCUUAAAAGCCAAUCCUUUCUCUCUCUACUUCUACCUCUUUCUCUCUCCCACCGCCGCUGUGCGCCUCCUCUCUGCCCCGCGAUUCCUCGCCCUCUCGUGCUCUCCCCGUCUCGAUUCCCCAGCGAGGUUUGAUUGCGCCUGCUUGUAGAAAGCAGGCACCACUAAACAUUUCUUGGGAUCAUGGCGACCUUUGCAAAGCCUGAAAACGCUUUGAAGCGUGCAGAGGAAUUGAUAAAUGUUGGACAGAAGCAAGCUGCCCUACAGGCACUUCAUGAUCUUAUCACGUCGAAAAGGUACAGAACCUGGCAGAAGACCCUGGAAAGGAUAAUGUUUAAAUAUGUAGAACUCUGUGUGGACAUGAGGCGAGGGAGAUUUGCGAAGGAUGGGCUUAUUCAGUACCGAAUUGUUUGCCAACAAGUCAACGUGAGCUCUUUGGAGGAGGUGAUAAAGCAUUUUAUGCAGCUUUCCACGGAAAAAGCUGAACAAGCUAGAAGCCAAGCACAAGCCCUAGAAGAUGCCUUGGAUGUAGAGGAUUUGGAAGCUGAUCAGAGGCCUGAGGACUUGAUGCUUAGCUAUGUCAGUGGGGAGAAAGGAAAGGAUCGAUCCGAUAGGGAGCUUGUGACGCCAUGGUUCAAAUUCUUGUGGGAGACAUACAGAACGGUGCUUGAAAUCCUCCGUAACAAUUCAAAGCUGGAAGCACUUUAUGCAAUGACUGCACAUCGGGCUUUCCAAUUUUGUAAACAGUACAAGCGAACUACUGAAUUUCGCAGACUAUGUGAAAUAAUGAGGAACCAUCUUGCUAAUUUAAACAAACACCGUGAUCAAAGAGACCGUCCUGAUCUGACAGCGCCUGAGAGCUUGCAGUUUUACUUGGAUACAAGAGUAGAGCAACUCAAAAUUGCGACAGAUCUUGAGCUAUGGCAGGAAGCCUUCCGUUCUGCGGAGGAUAUACAUGGCUUAAUGAGCAUGGUGAAGAAAACUCCGAAGCCAUCAAUGAUGGUCGUAUAUUAUGCAAAGCUAACAGAGAUAUUCUGGGUUUCAGAUAGCCAUCUUUAUCAUGCAUACGCAUGGCUUAAGCUCUUCGGUUUGCAAAAGAGCUACAACAAGAAUUUAUCUCAAAAGGAUUUGCAGCUGAUAGCAUCCUCUGUUUUAUUAGCUGCGAUUUCUGUGGUACCAUUUGACCACAAGUAUGGUGCAUCCCAUCUGGAACUUGAAAAUCAGAAAGAACGUAAUUUGCGAAUGGCCAGCCUUAUUAACUUUUCUCUUGAACCUAAACGAGAGAGCAGAGAAGUGCUUUCACGGUCAUCACUUCUCUCAGAUUUGAUCACUAAAGGUGUGAUGUCAUGUGCCUCCCAAGAAGUGAAGGAUCUGUACAAUCUCUUAGAAAAUGAAUUCUACCCACUGGAUCUUGCGUCGAAAGUUCAGCCAUUGCUUGCUAAGAUAUCCAAACUUGGGGGCAAGCUUUCAUCAGCCUCUUCUGUUCCAGAAGUUCAACUUUCCCAGUAUGUCCCUGCAUUGGAGAAACUUACCGCUUUGAGAGUACUACAACAGGUGUCUCAGGUGUUUCAAUCUGUGAAAAUUGAGAAGCUAUCAAAGAUGAUCCCUUUCUUUGACUUCACAGUUCUGGAGAAAAUUGCAGUUAAUGCAGUUAAAUAUAACUUUGUACCUAUGAAAGUCGAUCAUCUAAAGGGCGCAGUUCUUUUUGGUAACGUGGACAUUGAAUCCGAUAGGCUUUCUGGUCACCUUACAAUGCUUGCUGAUUCUCUUAAUAAAGCAAGGCAUCUUAUUUAUCCGCCUGUGAAGAGGCAAUCAAAACUCGGCGAGAGCUUGUACAAUUUGUCCGAAGUAGUAGAAAAGGAACAUAGGAGGCUUCUCGCACGAAAGUCCAUUAUUGAGAAGCGCAAGGAAGAGCAUGAACGCCAGAUGUUGGAAAUGGAAAGGGAGGAAGAGUCUAAGAGACUGAAGCUUCAAAAGAUAACAGAGGAGGCCGAGCAGAAGAGACUUGCUACUGAGUAUUCACGAAGGGAGGAGCAGAGGAUCCGUCGGGAAAUAGAGGAGAGAGAACUCCAAGAAGCUCAGGCCUUACUUCUGGAAACUGAAAAGCGUGCUAAGAAGAAGGGGAAAAAGCCUCUCCUUGAAGGGGAAAAGAUUACAAAGCAAACCCUCAUGGAGUUGGCUUUGAGCGAGCAACUGAAGGAACGUCAAGAGAUGGAAAAGAAACUUCAGAAACUUGCAAAGACAAUGGACUACUUAGAACGGGCAAAGAGAGAAGAAGAGGCCCCACUGAUCGAGCAUGCAUUCCAACAGCGAUUGGUGGAGGAGAAAAUCCUUCAUGAGCAAGAACAAUUGAGAGAGAUCGAGCUUAGUAGGCAGCACCAUGCAGGUGACUUGCAGGAAAAGAACAGGCUCUCGAGAAUGUUGGAACAUAAGAAUAUUUUACAAGAAGGGAUUGCUAGCCGCCGCGAGGCGGAGUUUAACCGGCUUAAGAAAGAGAGGGAGGAUCGGAUCAACCAAUUAAUUGCAAUGAGAAAGCAGGAGAGGGAGAAGAAACGGAAAUUGCUCUACUUCAUCAAGUCAGAAAAUGAGCGACUAACGAAGUUGCAUGAAGAGGAGGAAAGACGGAAGCACGAAGAGGAGGAACGGAGGAAGAAGGAAGAAUCCGAACGCAAGGCUAAGUUGGACGCCAUUGCGGAGAGGCAGAGGCAGAGGGAGAUUGAACUGGAAGAGAAGGAAAGGCUUAGAAGAGAAGCUCUCCUGGGCCGUGCAUCUGAGCCGGUGGUCCGUCCUGCCGACCCCAUCCCUGGGCCACAAGCUUUGCAGCCCAUCCCUGCUGCUGCAGCCGCCUCUGCUGCGGCUGCGGCCGCUGCUGCCCCUGCUGCUGCUCCUGCUGCCCCUGCCGCUGCAAGUUCGGGAAGAUAUGUCCCGAGGUUCAAGCGCGCCGGGACUGAGGCCCAAAAAGCUGUGUCCUCUCCCGAGCCCGAUAGGUGGGGCAGGCAAGAUGAUCGGCCUCCCCAACCCAGCGAUAGGUGGCGGAGCGAUGACCGCCGCCCAUCAUUUGGGGGUGGUGGCGGGUCGAGAUUGUCGUCGUCCUCCUCAUCCUCUUGGUCUUCGUCGAGGAAUCGUGGGUGAUUUUGAUGGUGUGCUUCUAUCAAUGGCCGUGUUUUUUGUAAGAGCGGACUUAUAAUUGUGCUGUGUUAAUCUAGAGGAGGUUUGUUUUAUUCUUAGAUCUGUUUUCUGUCUGCCUAAGUGGUUAUGAAAUUUUUGAAGUUUGGGACAUUCCGAAAUUUGUAGUAUGACUUAUGAUUAUGAAUUUUGGGAGACUUGUCUCGGCCUUAAUUUAUGCUUCAGCUAAAAUCAAGCUUGGUCAAUGUGUUUUCCUUUU